ACUGCUGGCUCUGAAAGAUAUUUGUUAGUAUUUGUUGGUGAUCACGAUGAGGUCUUUGCUGGUGUUUUGCUUGUGUUUGUAUGGAGUUUGGGCUAAACAUGAAGUUUAUGAUGGAUCUGCAGUCUACGAAGUAUCUGUCAACGAUGUUAAUGAGAUCAAAUUCAUCAACCAAUUAGAGAAUGAGUUGUUUGUUGAUGUAUGGUCUCAUGCCAUGCCUGGUCGCCCCGGUCAAGUGCUAGUUCCUAAAGACAAGAGAGAUCAAUUCGAAAGCGCCCUUAAAGAUUUUGGAUUAACAUACAAGGUUGUUCAAGAGGAUGUCAGAAAGCAAUUGGAACUUGAAGACAGACUGCUAGCAGCCGCUGCAGCAAGAAGCUCCAAGAACUCGUCCCGUCUCUCAUUCGACACCAUCCACACAUAUGAUGAGGUCGAUGCCUAUUUGGAAGAGCUUGGCAAGACAUACCCUGAUGUAGUGACUGUCGUCGUCGCCGGCAACAGCAUCGAAGGCAGACCCAUCAAGUACCUCAGAAUCUCCACUACCGACUUCCAGGAUACCAGCAAACCCAUCGUCAUGAUGCAGUCACUCCUUCACGCCCGUGAAUGGAUCACCCUCCCUGCCACUCUCUACGCCAUCCAGAAACUCGUGAUUGACGUCACUGAGUCUGAUCUCUUGCAAGAGAUCGACUGGAUCAUUCUACCCGUCGCUAACCCUGAUGGUUAUUCUUGGACUCACACUAAUUCUCGUUUCUGGAGGAAGAACCGCGCCACGGGCUUCAUGGUUGGAGACUUUUGCGCCGGUGUAGACCUCAACAGGAACUUUGACAUUCACUGGUCCACUGCCUCCAGUGGCAGCGUCUGCUCCGACACCUUCCACGGCCGCGGGCCCUUCUCCGAACCUGAAACCAAGGCCAUCCACGACGUCCUAGCCAUCUACGGAUCCCGUGUUGCCUUAUACCUGGAUAUCCAUAGCUUUGGCAGCAUGAUCCUCUUCGGCUACGGCAACGGAGUCUUACCUUCUAAUGCUUUGACUAUCAACUUGGUUGGAGUCAACAUGGCCCAAGCUAUUGACAGAGUUAAGUGGCCACAGAACAGGAAUUACAUCGUUGGUAAUAUUGCCCACGUGUUGUACGAUGCGUCCGGCGGUGCAAGUGACUACGCUAUGGUGGCUGGUGCACCUUUAUCUUACACCUUCGAAUUGCCAGCUUUCAAUAACAACCACAACACGCUUAACGGUUUCCUCGUUGACCCUGCCUUCAUUGAACAGGCUGGAUUUGAAACUUGGGAAGGUAUCAAGGUUGGAGCCAGAGCGGCUGCCUCUUACUUUAGGAAUCGCAAUUAUGUUUAAGAUUUUGAUCUAAUAGUAUAUUUAUUGAAUAAAAGACCUGAAUCAUCAAAAC